UUUUUGAAUGCGCCUAACGUUAAUUGUCCAAUUUUGUCUCCCCGGCCCUGUUGGAAUGAUACUGAUAGAUGCUCAGUCGUUGGUAAAUCGAUAAAACCAAGAUUUUAAGAGCUAUCAUACUAAGUUGGUUUAAUGCAUACAACAUGGCCACCACUGGGCGUCUGCGGUCCAUGGUAGAAGACGUCAAAGUCAAAGGGGAGCAUUUCCAGUCAAUCCUUCAGCACUACUCGGCUGAACUCAUUGCCAUAUCUAUUGCGACAGAGUCAAUAGAAAAUGUUUUGGAGGCUAAGAACUCGGAAAUAUGUCACCUCCAGGACACCCUGCGUGGAAAAAACAAGGCUUUGGCAGCAUUGAAGCAACAGCAGAAAAUGACAGAACUUAUGUUCAUCGACGAAAAAAUUGAUUUGAGAGCAAAGUUUGUUGAAGAGCAAAGGGGUUUACAGGCACAAUUGUCUGCUGCACAGAUGGAGAAUCAGAACCUUAAGAGUGAAUUGUCUGCUGCACUCGCGGUCGUAAAUGCCCAGGACAGAACCCUUGGGACAGUCUUGCACGUUGUGAAAAGGGAAGAUGUGCCGGAGGAUGGUAAGCAAAUUUCGCAGUGUUCCAUUGUCCAAUCAUCACCACCUCCAGCCACCCAAAGCUGUAACACUUUGCCUGAAUUCGUUGUGUUGAAUGAAGAAGCCGGACAGAGACUUUCGGCCAUGAAAAAAGAGCUGGGAAGUUCUGUUAGUCAUCUGCAGAUGACAUCUGAAGAUCUAAGUUCAGACCAUCCUGGAUGUAGCUCUGCUGCAUUGACAUCUGAGGAGAAAGUUGUCCUUACUGACCCAAGCAAUAACAUCUCGCGUAAUGAUGUUACCAACACCUCAGCUGUUGCACUGCCAAAUACAAUGACUGGCUCUUCUGAUGCAAGUGACCCAGCCCUUCGAAACCAGCCUGUGAUGAAAACUGUGCCUGGCAUGCCUGUUGUGAUCCUACCUGUACCCUUACCAGUAAAUGAUGAGACAACCCAGCCACCUACUCAGUCACAUGCGAUAUCGAACAUGUCCGAAAUGGCCGUGCCUCAUAAAAGUAAUCUCAGAAAUGUUUUCAGAACUCUGAUUUCGGAAUUAAAUUCUUCAACCUCGGAAGAUUUUGGCUUUGACCCUGAAUCCAGUACUGAUGGAGGCAGUGAAAUCUCGAGCACACAACCUCAGACAAACAAAUCAACGACAAGGCUGAGUUAUGAUCUAAAGACUUGUUCAGUUGUCCUGGAACGAUGUGAAAUCGAUCCCUCUUGCGAUGUGCAAUCAUUGAACGCCGACAGUCAUUCCAAUCAACCAGUUCCAGUUGUGUCAAGUGAAGAACAAGUUGGUUCGCAUGAUGAGGUCAUUGAUCCUAGUGAGUUUUCGAGUAGUGAUCAUCGUGAGGGAGGGACAGAGGAUUUGGUAAAUUCGGACACGGCUUACGGACCAGAAUUUGAUGAUUCAGAUCAAUCUGACCCUUCUUGGCUGUCCCCUCCAACUCGCAACCCUGUACUAUCGCAUGGAUGUGAACCUGCUAGAAAGACACAGCGACAAGGCCUAUCAAAGCGAGCUCUUUCUGAGAGUCCAUCGAAGAGACCAUCAGUGAGCAAGAGAGCUCCCUCUGCUGCAGCUGGCUCGGCCGCCCAAGCCGAGAGGCAAAAGGAACUUGAUGGAUCUUUCAGUUAUCAAAUUGAGCAGGAAGAUCGUCCCAGUGGGGUAAUAAGAGAUGAUGGUACCAUAAACUUAGGAAGAGAGUCCAAUCGCAGCACCUAUGAUUGUCAAAGAUGUGGAAAGAACUUUUUACGGAGAGAUCAUUUCACUGUACACAUGUUAACCCGCUGUGGCUGGUUUGAGAAAAAAUUUGCAGGACAGAAUGUCAAAACCAAUACGUGUGAAAAACCUUUCGAAUGUACAGUCUGUAUGAAGCCUUUCCCAUGCAUGUUGAAGUUAAUUGAACACAUUAAAAUUCACACUGAUGAAGCUUUCAGAUGUCAACACUGUAACAAGGCUUUUCCGCGCAAGUACCAAUUGAUAAAUCAUGUUAAAACUCAUAUGCCUACCAGGGAAAAACAACAUACAUGCCAAAGGUGUGUGAAGUCUUUCUGUACAAAGGCCAGCUUGAUGGCGCAUCUUCGAAUCCACACUGGUGAAAAACCUCAUCAAUGUCCACACUGUGAGAAGGCCUUCUUUCAGGUAGGUAACUUGAGAGGGCAUGUUAGAAGAAUUCACACAGGUAUAAAGUCUUUCACGUGUACUUUGUGCAAGAAGGGAUUUUCCCAUGAGCGUGAUCUGAAGAGACAUGUAUUUGGAGUACACCGGGUGGAAAACCUUAUAAAUGUUCACACUGUAAGAGAGAAUUAUCUGACAAAGGCAGCGUAUUGAAACAUAUCAAAGACCACACUCUUAAAAUAUAUUACGCAUGUCAACACUGUAAGAUGGUUAUCUCCGACAAAAGGAGUGUUGUUAAACAUGGAAGAAUCCACUCUUGUGAAAACCUUAUUAAUGUUGACACUGUAUGAAGGCUUUCUCACAGUGAUGUAACCUGUUAGGACUCCAUCAGCAGAGAGAAAUCAAAUUCAAGUAAUAUUGGUGCGAGAGAGCAUUUACAAACGAGGGAGAGUUGAUAAGGGGUGUUCCAAUCCACAUUGUUAUAGAUCCUUACAAUAGGCCGCAUUGUAGGAAAGCCUUCUUUUUCAAAGGCCACGGGACAGAUGGUGAGAUCUAUCCAGGUAGUUUAAUCCCAUAGGAAUGUCCUCCCAGCUGGCCAGUGGCUAAUCUGUUAAUUAUCUGAUGAGCAAGCUAUUGAUGGUUUGUCUUUAUAUGUUCAACUGACUUUUAUUUCAGGACAUACAUUCCCCCAGGUAGAGAAAGGGUGGGGAAUUUGCUUGACUCUGUAUGAAUUUACGCUUUUGUUGCUGAAUUAGGUAUAAUAUUCUUUUUAAUAUUAUUAGUAUAUUAAUAUUAUUUCAAUCUAGAUUUUUUUAAACUUGUAGAUGUCAAGAUUGAAUUUUGGUCAAUGAUGCCUAUGGGCUUUAAAAAAACCCUUUCACGAUUGUAUUAACUGAGACACUGAGAAGGAUCUUUGACGAGCACGGCUCGACCAAUUUGUCAGUUGCCCAAUAUCUUAAUCAAAUAACAUUAAUGUCCUGGACCAAAUUAACUGUGUUUUUAUGACAAAGUUCGACUCAAACAUGUCAAAGCGACAAUAAAUGUAGUUGGCUCUAUUUUAGCAAGUUUUCGUUGGUGUUAUUGAAUCAAGUCCAUAGUCUUGGAGUGUGUCUGCCUGGGUUGGAAAGAAUGCCUUUUUUUCGACAAUUUAUGCCAGACUGGGCAUUAUCAUCGAAUAUGGAGUACAGUGCAUCAUUAUCAGAAGUGACAAUACUGGGCGUGGGUCUACUAGUCUUUGAUGUAUGCACUGAUAAGAAUUAA